UAGAUAGUUGACAGGACAUGUUGGUGAGGGAUAGUUGACAGGACAUCUUGGUGAGGUGGAUAGUUGACAGGACAUGUUGGUGAGGUGGAUAGUUGACAGGACAUGUUGGUGAGGGAUAGUUGACAGGACAUCUUGGUGAGGUGGAUAGUUGACAGGACAUGUUGGUCAGGUGGAUAGUUGACAGGACAUGUUGGUGAGGUGGAUAGUUGACAGGACAUGUUGGUGUGGUAGAUAGUUGACAGGACAUGUUGGUGAGGUGAGGUGUAUAGUUGACAGGACAUGUUGGUGAGGUGAGGUGUAUAGUUGACAGGACAUGUUGGUGAGGUGAGGUGUAUAGUUGACAGGACAUGUUGGUGUGGUAGAUAGUUGACAGGACAUGUUGGUGAGGUGAGGUGUAUAGUUGACAGGACAUGUUGGUGAGGUGAGGUGUAUAGUUGACAGGACAUGUUGGUGAGGUGUAUAGUUGACAGGACAUGUUGGUGAGGUGAGGUGUAUAGUUGACAGGACAUGUUGGUGAGGUGAGGUGUAUAGUUGACAGGAGACUUUGCUUAAUGAGGCUGCUAACAGCCACUAAUGGCAGGUAAACAGAGCAGAGUGUUGGUGGACUAAAAGGUGUUCAAUGACGCAUGGAAGGUUCUCGUCAUGUCAUCUUUGGCAGCCAAUGGUCGUUGAGCUGCAGGGUCACGUGGUCCCGGUGCGGCGCACCUGUGUAUCGGCGAGCCCCCUCCCUCUCCCUGCGAGUCGGGGCCGGGGGCCAGGUCCAGGUCCAGGUCCAGGUCCAGGGCCCCGCAGAGCAGCCAUGCACCAUCGGGACAUGUACCAAAGUCCGUCCUGCGUCUACCAGAGAGCAGCAGACUGCAGCCCGCCGCCUUGUGUCUACAUGCAGCCCGCACACACCUACACGCAGCACACGCAGCACGCCUCCGACAGCAUCGGCCUCCCGCUGCUCCAACAACACCACCAGAACCAACACCACCAGAACCAGCACCAGCAGCAGCAGCAGCACCCGCAGACGCUGCCACCCGCCGCCACCUACCAGGAUCCGAGCAGGUCUUACCUUCCUUUCCCUUGGAUGAAGAGCACCAAGUCUCACACCUGGUCUGCAGGCGCGUACAUGAGGUCGGAGGCGGAGGAUCAGAAGCGGACCCGCACGGCCUACACCCGAGCACAGCUGCUGGAGCUGGAGAAGGAGUUCCUGUACAACCGCUACAUCUCCAGACCUCGGCGGGUGGAGCUGGCCCUCAGCCUGGGACUCACCGAGAGACACAUCAAGAUCUGGUUCCAGAACCGCCGCAUGAAGUGGAAGAAGGAGGAGGACCGCAGGAGGACCAGGAGGGGUGAAGGUGAAGGUGAAGGUGAAGGUGAAGGUGAAGGUGAAGGUGAAGGUAAGAUUUCGAAAAAGGAAGAAGAAGAAGAACAAGAAGAAGUUAAUGAAGUCUGGCUCUGUCUUGCACGUAUUUGUCUUCUAAGCUCUUCUACGUCCUCCAACAUGUCCAGCGAUCAUCGACGCUGGGAAACGUUACAGGCGCUCAAGAAGUCGCCAAAGGGAAAUAUCAAGUUUGACCCUUUUUGGUCGGAGAGGGGCGAGGAUAUUUUGGCUGGAUAUGAAGAGAAGAUCAUCCUGUGUGCUGAGGCUGCACACAUACUAGAACAACUCCAGUCCAAGUCCCCUCACAAGUGUGCUGCUCAGUCCAGUCCUGGGCCGGCAGCCUCGCCUUGUUCCAGCGACACACCUGGCAAAGACCACAGCACAAACCAGAUCAUCAGGCAUGGCGAGAGCGGGCAGAAUGUGGCGGAAAGUUCCAUUUCCCUGCGGUCCCUUGAAGCCAGGGAGAUUGCUGGAAGAAUCUCCCAGUAUGAAGAGGCUUACCGCCAACAAGCAAAGAGACUGUUCAGUAGGCACCAGCAGCAGAUGGAGGACAUGGUCAGCCAGGUGGCCAAGGCACAGGUGGAGCAGAUGAAACGCUAUGAAGAGCGCAUGGAGUUGAAGCGGAGGCAGGAGUACCAGCGCAUGAGUGACAUGAUGGAACGCGAAACCAAGGAGAGCAUCGGCCGGCAGGAGAAGCUGAAGGAAGAGCAGCGCCACCGAUUGAAGAUCCUCAACCUCCGCGUGAGGGAGGCGGAGCAACAGCGCCUGAGGGAGGCGGAGCUAGAGCGCCAGCGCCAGGUUGAAGGCAAAGAGCGUCUGAGGAAGCUCAACUCCAUUCAAGAAGAAAUCCUGCAGCUCCACCAGCUGCUGGAGUCCUGUCCCCAGAACCAGACCACCAGCGUGGGCACCUACAGCACCCUGGGGAACCAGCUGUGCUCCCAGGUGUCACAGGUGGUGCACAAGACGGCAGAAGUACAGUAUCCCAGCCUGGAAGACAUGGCGGUGGCAGAGCGUGUCCUCCAUGAAAUGAGAACGCUCAUCUGCUUGAUGCGAGGGGAAGCGGCCAAAGCUCAGGAGGAGCUGAAGAAGAAGGAGCUGGAGGAAGAAGAUUCCCGCAGGAAGAUGUCUGAGCUGAAGACUCAACAGGAAGCACUAAAGAAGGCGCAGCUGUCAGCCAAAGAGAAAGCAAACAAGCGAGGGCUGCAGAACAAUGCUGAAGACGUCACCUUGAGAUGGUACAAGGACUUGCAGGAGUGUCUUGACCAGUGCGCUGACAGCAUAGAAGAGCUCAGCUCCUCACAAGACGUCCAGACCAGGCGGCUGAAGCUGGACCUCCAGAGAGCCUCCACCAUCCCCAUCAGUCAAAUCUCCUUCAAUUCUGGAUCUCACCUGCGAGAAGUAUUUGGGAAGCUCACCAAGCUGCUCUCUGGUCAGGCAGUGGCGAGUGGAGGCCAGUCUUUGUCCACCUCCCAGCAUCCUCAGGCCCUGGACUUUGUCUGCUACAAGAUGGCGGAGAAGUUUGUGAAACAAGGCGAGGCGGAGGUGGCAGCUCAUCACCAAGCAGCCUUCCCCAUCGGUGUGGUGGCGUCAGGGAUCUGGGAGCUGCACCCCCGCGUGGGCGACCUCAUGCUGGGACACCUGCACAGAAAAUGUCCGUACGCCGUUCCACAUUAUCCCAUGAUGAAGGAAGGCAUGUCAGUGGAGGAAUAUCAGAGAAUUCUGGGCUACCGUGUGGAUGAGUCUGGAGUGGAAGGUCAGGACAGUUUCCUGAAAAGUAUGUCCGGCAUGAUCCGCUUCUACGCCGCCGUGAUCCAGCUCAGGUGGCCAUUUGACUCCAAGCCGGGGUCGUCCCCUCACGGUCUGAACCAUGGCUGGCGCUGGUUAGCACAGAUGCUAAACAUGGAGCCCAUUGCCGACAUCACCGCCACACUGCUGUUUGACUUCCUGGAGGUGUGUGGUCAUGCAUUGUUGAAAACCUACCAAGGUCAGUUCUGGAAACUACUUCUGCUUUUAAAAGAGCAAUACAUGGCCAGGAUUGAAGCGGUCACCAGCAGUGGGCAGAUGGGCUCAGUGUCCAGACUGAGAAACUUCCUGCAGAAUAAAAGCUCUUGUCAAGAAGUCCAUUGUGUGAUGGCCGCCUACAAAGUCCAGACCAGGUCCAGACCAGGUCCACUAGAGGCCAGCUUCAGCUCGGUGGAGAUUGUGGUGUAAAUAGUUUUGAAAAGCAAGAUGGAGGAAGCUGACCUGCUGAAAGAACGUCUGCAGGCCAUCACGG